GGUUUUGUUAGAGUAGCACAUCUGCACAUGGGUUAUGGAUUGGGUUGGGUUAGCCCAAGCCUGCAAGCAGUGCUUGUACAGGAUGACUUAGAGAAUGUUACUCGUUUUCUGGUACUGGCUAGGGAUCCAAUAAUUCCAAGGAUUGAUAAAUCCUUCAAGACAAGCAUUGUGUUUACUUUGGAAGAAGGACCUGGAGUACUGUUCAAGGCAUUGGCAGUUUUUGCCUUGAGGGACAUAAAUUUGACCAAGAUUGAAAGUCGACCACAAAGAAAACGACCAUUAAGAGUUGUUGAUGACUCCAACACUGGAAGUGCCAAGUAUUUUGACUACCUAUUCUAUAUUGAUUUUGAAGCUUCUAUGGCUGAGCCACGUGCACAAAAUGCUUUAGGACAUCUCCAGGUUCUUUCUCAUUUUUAGUCGUACAAAAAUUUAUCCUCACUUGUCUGUGUGUUCUGAUGUGAACUUUCAUCCUUACCAAAGUUUGCUAGCACAUGAGGUGAUUUCCGAUAUCAUAUAAAACCCAUUUUUUUUUGGUAAAUAAGCUUGAUUACUUACCAAUUACCAUUGCUUUGAGGAUUGCUUCCUAACUUCUGCCUUGUCCAUAUCUAGCCCAUAAGGUCUCUCUGGUUCAAUAUCUUCCUGUUAUAACUGAAAAGUAGAAUAUGAGAAAUUCUAGUACAUUCUUUUUCAAUCACCAUCUCUGGCCACAAGGUAUAUAGUUUUGAAUUACUGUUAUAUUUUAGUAUUGUUUUAAACUUUUAUUGACUAAGCUAGUGAAAGAGAAUGUGAAACUUCUUUUUCAUAAUUUUCCUUUUUUUGCUUCCCACUUUGUUUAAGAGCUUGUAAUUUGAUAUGUUAUUAAUUUCUUGUGGUCAAGUUGUGGCGUGACCUAAAACUACCUUGUGACAAACAAUAAAAUUCCUCAUUUAUU